AUGGAGGCAAAGCGGUGCUUUGAGGUAAGCUGCUUGCUUGAAGCUGAGUACACAUGUCAGUGCUCAUCUCCUGAGACUUAUUUAUGCAAAGUGCACUGGAUGAAGCAUUGUGAACUAACUGAUAGAGACCAUGCAUUUGAGUCUAUAUUUUUAAAGCCUUAUGAAGGAACAAAAGAAGGAAUUCUUAAAUUUAUUGAAAAAGAAAAAUCUAAAAAAGAGAAAAAUAAAAAUAAAAUCAUUUCUUCUUUCAGCCAAAAUCUUUGCAAUUCAGAAAAUUGCAUUGAAGAACUUCUAAAAAAGCUGGACUCAGAUUCAAUAGAAUUAGGAAAUUUAUUUGAUAAAAUUUCUAAAACCCAAAAAAUUUCGAAGUUUGAUCAAGACCCAAUUAUAAAAUUAUUGACUAUGCAGCCUGAUGAUGCUAUUGAGAAUUUUAAAAAAAUUAUUCCGUCAAAUGAAAAUUCAUAUAAUAGAGCUCAUUUAUUGUGCGGUCUCAGCGAUGAUAUUGGGAAAAUGAUUGAAAGCUUCAUUAAAGAAAAAUUUGAAGCCUUCCUUGACAAAAGGCUCUUAAAUAUAGAAAAAACCCUUGAGAGACAUAGUAACGAAAUAGAUUCAAAUAAAGUAAUAGAAUUUAAUCUUAAUUUUAAGCUUAAUUAAUCUAUAUGCGUUUAACAUCCAAUACCGCUCUGGGGCGAAUUUCGCGCCAUUUUCCUUGGGUCCUAAUUGGUGUGAAAGCGCCCGACUUUGAUCGCCAAAAGAGUAUGUCAGUCCCUAAGUUUGGGCUUCAACGACUCUUCUUUGUGCUCAGGUACUUACUUGGGUCUGAACGGCACCCUAAAGGUUCCAGUCUCCACCGCCUGGGCUAAGUGGUACCCUUUGGAAAAUUCCACUCAAUAAGGUUAGGAAUGCAUAGGAAAAGCCACCCGGCUUUUGCUUCCCUGACAUAGCUGGGACAAUUUCACUAGGGGAAACUAAACCACAUAAUUGAAAUAUGCAAGAGAUGUAUUUCCGUUGGGAUACCAGAAAAUUUGAGUAACACCAUAUUUUAAUUAUAAUAGAAUCUAAUCAGAUAAAAGAAGCAAUGAAUCAUAUUUCGAAUUUAAUGAAUGAAGCUGAGAAAACUAAGAAAGAAUUUGAAGAUUUUAAAAUAUUAGCUCAGGUAAAAAUGCAAAACGAAUUAAAUUUGCUUAAUACUCAGCUGCAAAAUCUUAAAAAAUGGUUGCCUGAUCUUCAGCUGCAUGAUUUAAGGGGGAAAAAAUCUGAAAUUUUAGAUUUACCGAUAAAUCCAAAAAUAGAACAAGAUUUCAAAUUAACCUGUGAAUUAUUUGAAAAAGAAUUGUUCGAGCUUCGUAGCGCUCAUCCAUCACUAAGCCAAGCAUAUGAAGAUUACAUAAAAGCUUAUCAUCAAAAAGCUUCUCUAUAUCUUAUUGAUGAAGAUAUUAUAGGCCGAAAAACUAAUUUAUUUAUCUCUAACACUGAAAGUGAGAGAGAUGAAGUUAAGGUGCUUGAUGGAUGGGAACCAUUAAAAUGCGGUACAUGCAUUUUGGAAAUCUUCCACCUUCUGGCAUGACAAUCAUAG